GCCGUUAGGGCCCAAACAAAACAAAUCAGCCCAACAAUUCCUUCCUUCCUUCCUUCCCCGACCCCGGGGAUUCGAAAUCCCGCCAGUGAGCUCCAUCUCCUCCUCCAUCGUCGGCGGCGGGACACAGCAAGCCAGGCCUCGCCCUCCUCCUCGUCUUCCUCGCUCUCUCUUGGUACUGGACUGGCGUGCAGUGCAGAUUGAUCCGUCUGGACUUGGAUCGACCUCGUAUUUGGUGGUUCCUGCUGGUCAGCGCGCAGGAAGGGUCAAUCCGCCCCCAAUUGCAACUAGGGUUUUGCGAGGAAGGAGCGUGAUGGGGAUAGAAGAUUACCAUGUGACCGAGCUCGUCGGGGAGGGCUCCUUUGGGAAGGUCUACAAGGGUAGGCGCAAGUACACUCGCCAGACUGUCGCCAUGAAGUUCAUUCUUAAGCCGGGGAAGACCGAUAAGGAUAUACACAACCUUAGGCAGGAGAUUGAGGGAUCAAUCCGCCGAUGCAGAGAGAGCCUUGGAUUUAUAAAUCUAUCGUGCCCUGUCGCAUUUAAUGUGUAACAGUCAGAUUCUAAGGAGAGGGGAUGAGUCAGACUCCGAAACCGAUUUGCAAUCACAAAAAUCUGUGUAUGGUACCUUCCGUGCCAGUGAAUCGGAGAUGACACCACCAGAUCCGAGCAGCUCUUCCACCCUGCACCGCCUCUUUUCUCUCUAUCGCGACCUCCCUCCCACAUCCGCCUCUUCUCUCUCUGCACCCCUUUCUUUUUCUUAUUUUUAUUUAUUAUAUUAUUUUAUAGAUACAAAAUAUAUUGAGAAAAAUUCUUUGUUUGUCAUCAUAUGAUAAUGUAAUUUUUUAUUUGUUA